AUGUUCUCCGUCAUCAUCCCAGGAAGACCAUGUCUAACAGACAUUGUGGCCGUAGAUAGCCAGGUCAACCCCUCGAAAUUCACCUUCACUUUCCCCUUGAACCCGCAAUUCUCCGAAAUUGCCGUCUUCUACCUCCCCGGCACCGUCCUGCCUCAGGACACCGCUGCAGCUGUCUACAUACAACUCCCAGACGGGCGCAAUGUCAACCCGUUCCAAGCACAGCAGCCUCCUGAGUUUAAAUUCCUGGGGGCAUUAACAAAUGAUGAACCGUCAGCCAUCUUCAGAGUUCGCGACCCGAGCCCUCACUAUGGCCAACGAAGACGGACAGAGGCUGAAGAAGAAGAUGAGAUGCUUGAUGAAGGCGCCGCGAAUGGCCCCGGUGGAGCAUCGGUAGAUGGCACCGUGACGUUGGGGAUCGCAAUUGAGCCGUUCCAGGUCGUUGCGCCGCAAGUGGCUCAGUUGAAGGCUACUGCGGAGUCCAAGCCGUCGACGGAUCUCAUGGUUCAGCCGCAACAAUUACGACAGCAGAAACAGACCACAACCAAGGAGCUUGCGCAGAGGAUUAUCGGGAAUGCAUUCAAUUACUUGGCGAGCUUUGCGUCGUCGGAUAACGAUUCUGUUCCGCUGAAGACGUUCCGGGAUUGGUGGAACAAGUUCGAGAGGAAGCUGGAGAUGGAUCCGACGUUUUUAGAAAAAGGGGAAGUGAAUGAAUAG